UGGCCUGGUCCUUAGUGCUGACAAAGUCUGUUGCAACCAGCAUUUUCCUAGCAAUUUGUAUGUUUGAACUUAAAAAGCGAUUUUGAUGCGGUAGAUGUGGCUACAACGACAUUGUUUUGAUGGGUGCAUUUCUAGACAAACCAAAGACUGAAAAACUGACAAAGUCUGCGUCGGGAAAUGGACUUCGCUAUGGGUUGGCGUCCAUGCAAGGUUGGCGUAUUGAAAUGGAAGAUGCUCAUACGGAUAUCACUGGCUUGAACCCGGAGCUUCAAGAAUGGUCAUUUUUUGGCAUUUUUGACGGCCAUGCAGGUUCAAAUGCGAGUCUUUAUUGUGCAGAGAAUCUCCUAGGGUGUGUUUUAUCAAGCGAUGAUUUUAAAUCGGCGCUAAAAAACGGGCCAGCUUCGCCUGACUUGGAGCAGCUUAAAAGCGGGAUUAAGAUGGGAUUUUUUGAGCUGGAUAAAACGAUGCGAGAACGCCCAACCUGGAUAAACGGGGACGACAAAAGUGGUACGACAGCCGUAACUGUCAUGCUUACUCCUAAGCAGUUUAUCUUUGCAAACUGUGGAGACUCUAGGGCUAUUUUAUGUAGCAACGAGAAAGUAACUUUCCAUACGGUCGAUCACAAGCCAUCCAACCCAGACGAAAAAAAUCGCAUCGAGAAGGCUGGGGGUAGUGUUAUGAUCCAAAGGGUUAACGGCUCUUUGGCAGUUUCUAGGGCUUUAGGAGAUUUCGAGUACAAGAUGGAUAAUAAUUUAGAAGCGGAUAAACAACUAGUUUCGCCAGAGCCGGAGAUUUCGGUGGUUUCAAGACAAGAUGAUGUAGAUGAGUUUAUCGUGGUCGGCUGCGAUGGUAUCUGGGAUGUGAUGACUAACGAAGAAGUAGGAGAUUACGUUCGCUCAAGAAUGCUGCUUUCUGAAGAUUUAGAAUUAAUUUGCAGCGAGCUUCUCGACACCUGUUUAGCAAAGGGAAGUCGUGAUAACAUGAGUGUGAUUUUAGUCGCUUUCCCUGGAGCACCCAAAGUUUCUCAAGAUGCCAUUAAAAAGGAAGAAGACCUUGAGGCUGACAUAGAGAAAAGAAUAGAAGUGAUACUCCAAGAGAACCCUGGUGGGGUUGAUUUGUACUACGCAAUGCAUUUAUUAUCCAGUGAGGACAUUCCAUCCCAACCCCCAGGCGGAGGACUCCAGGCUAAGCAGAAUUUUAUACAGAAGACAUUGGAAAGACUGACAGCCAAACAGGAAAAUGAGGCAGAGUGACGGAUCUUGAAAGCCUUGCUGAAGACUGUGUUCAUGAAGUGUUUACCUUAAUUUGUAAUAUGUUUGGUUACAAAUUGUUAAAUAGACCUUGGUGUAGUUUUAGAGACAUUCAACAUCGUGCGUUUAUAUAACUUUUCGAAAAUAUAGAUUUCAUCAGUGUACCGAGUUAAAGCAACCAGUGAGUGAUACCAUAGUACAUGUUCUUGCAUGGAAGCACAUAUUCUCCUUACAAAACAAAAGAUGUGUUAUUGUAUUGCUCUGGUUGUUUCUUUCCCUAAUUUUAUUCUUGUCAUGUCAACAGUUGGAAAGAAUUAAAAAGGUACUUGAUUUAUAGUUGGGUAAUGCGUGUUGGCUAAAAUUGUAUUUCUGUUUUACACAAAAGCUUGUAUUUUCUUGUUAAACCCUUGUACACCCCAGAUCUGAUGGGCAGAUCUGCCAUAAAAGUGCUACCCAUUUCUUUGGUAAAAGGGAAAUUCAGUGUUAUUUGUGUAUAUUACUGUGGCCUGUGGUUAUUGAAUUGAUGAUGUAUUUGUAUUGUAACUUGAAAGAAGAGGUUGCAUUUUAUUGUUUUUUGAGUAAAAAUGGGUCAGUUAUUUGUGUUUUUCAAGGUUUCUUUAGUUUUCAUGAAAAACUUGAACCAGAAAUACAGUAUUACUGUCUUGCCAGACCUAUCAUUGUUACCCAUACACUUAAUGUGUGAUCCAAAGUAAACUAAUUGUAAAGGACAUCAGCUCAAAAAGUCAACCAAAAGAGAGAUGUGAACAGUAUAAGUGAAAUAGAGGGUUAAGUGACAGUUGAGAGUGCAAGUAUUUCAAAGUGUAGUUGUGUCGUACUUCAAAGUGUAGUUGUGUAUAAUUAAUGACAGUCUUCCAUAGUGUACCUCACCCUUCAAUUAAGUGGCCUUUUUAUAACUUAUUUCUUAUGUAAGGCUCAUUUAGGGUAAGAUUCCAGUGCAUUCCAAAUCCCAUCACUAAGUUUAGCUAGUCUUUAUGUUGGGUUUGGUGGCUGGUUCCAUAACAAAAAUCACAUAUUUAUGAUUGAUCUCUAGUGUGCAGUGCACUAGACUCAUGUAGCAUACACUUAACUGUGCUACGAUUGAAUCUUUUGUAUAAAGUAUGUUCUUGAUAGUACCAUUGAUUACCUGUGUAAUCUGUGAUUGUCACAGUGUUUGUUGUUCCGAGAGGGGUCACUGUUUUUAUUACCAUGACUGAGAUUUUUAUUACCUGAGGGGAAAGAUUUUAGGGAAAGUCUUUAUUGGAAGCCCUUUAAUGUGAAGAUGACUUUGACACAUGUAUCAAAAUCUCAGCCACAAUAAGACACUGUUCAUUGUCAGGACUACCCUUGCCAAGAUGAUCACUGUUUUCUUCUAGGUUCUAACUAUUUACUGUAACAUGUUUUCUGGCAAAUGUGUGUUCCAUUUGUGAAGGCCUUAAAAGCAACUUUGUAUCACUCUCCUUGAAGAAUUGCACCUCACCUUCCUUUUAGGUAGUGUAAAAUCCCUACCCCUCCUCCCUCCCAAUGUAAUGGGGUAAGAGAUAGAGAAAAAGGGAGGCCUUGGGCCUAAGGUUGAUUCUUUCAUUCACUCAUGACAUCAAUGAAGCGCAAUGUUUAGAUUAAAUGAUUCUGAAUUUGUUAGUUCUUAUACAUUGAAGGAUUAAAAAUGUAAAUGUUA